UAUUUCCCUUAAUCGGAUAAAGCAGAUUGAUUUUCUCUUUUCUUCGUUGCGUCUGCAUCGUGUGAGCGAGCGAUGGAGGAGGGCGAGAGAGCCGUGUGACUCAGCUCGGCAGUCUGCACACACGCUCACACACAGCAAUACUUCAUGCUAAUAUUUGCAAGGCUGCCUGGAUUUCGGUUCAGCGGGUGUCCAUUCGGCAUGGCCACAUACAAUCGAAGGUCGUCUGAUCAUGCUUUCCAGGUAAACCAAGAUGUAGUGUAUCAUAAUACGUUGGAAGCAGAAUGUUUCCCACUUUCAAAAAGCUCCUCUGACACCUUGUUCCCAAGAAGGGAAAGUAGGGAAGAAAGGAAAAUGACUAAUCCAUAUCUGAGGAAAACCGUCAGCAGUGUUGUCUCUCCAAGAAGCGCGGUUGAAACGGGCACGAGAUACCCUUGUCAUUCGUCAUGUUUCAUGCCACAGAAUAAUUUCACUAUUAUCCCCUUGUGUAGCUGCUUCCAAAUGAAUUCCAUCCCAGAUCCCAACCAUUUAUCUGAAUCCCCAAUGUUUCAGGAUGAUGCAAAACUCCAUGCCAAUAGCCGUACUAACAGCAGCUCAGACAUAAGAAGGGACACAGACGCAAUGUUGUACAAAGACCCAAAUCUGGGGAAACUGCAGACAAGGUUGAUGUGCAGGAGUUGCUCAGACAUCAUCUGUGGGUACAAAGAGAACUGCUGUCAAGAAAAUGUAGCGCACAGUCAGAUCACCGCAGAACGUCAAGUUACUGUGCCUGACAGUGGCCGUGCUGUAACUCCUCAAGGUGAAAUGAUGACGAAGGAUUCUGAUCAAAAAAUAGUGAUAAGUAUUUCAGGGAGUGAAAAUGACAAUGAACAUCAUGAAAUUAUGGGAGAGAGUCCAACCACUCCUGAGCAUCAAGUUAAUAGCAUCAUCAAUAAUGCAUGCAGUCCCAUGCAUCAGUGCCACUUCAUGUUUACAGAGAGUUCUCACAAUUAUCCAGGUGUCGUGGUUGUCCAAGAAUCUGGCAGACAAUAUCAAGAUAACUGUAUGACAGGAAAUGGGGCAAUCACCAAGGACCAGGGUAAUGUGGAAUAUGAGGAAGGAGAUGGUUUAAUGAACAAUCACAAUUGUACUGGACGUCAAAGCCACGUGAUACCUGGUCUGAACAUAGAGGACACUACGCCUGCUUUCUGCCAUUCUCUGCCAAUCCCAGCUAUUCACCUUAUGCCAAGGCUAGUCAGUUCUGUCAGUGACUCUGGAAGAGGAAAUAUCAAUCCAUAUUGCCAUCCACUGCCAGUUUCAGGUAUUCUUGCAUUCCCACGGUUGGUGUCUUCAGUGAGUGAAUCCGGCUUGGACACAAGGCAUCUUCUGAAAUGCCAUGGAACCAUAAGAAAUAAUGUGGUCCCCACUGUGAUCGAUGUAAAUCCUCAGAAUGUCUCAGAUGCAAUAAAAGUGGAACUGAAAAACCCUCCUCAUCAUUUUCAGCAAAAUAGUCCAAAUAAUAAUGUGGACGUGAGAACACGAGAUGUGUGCACCAUGACUUCUAUCAGAGAUCUGACCCUAGGCAUUCAUUAUCAACUGAAGCAUAAAGAUGCAGAGGUACAGACCUCCUUUGCAGUUGACUGCAAGUCAGUAGGCACCAGCCCAAUGUCUCCCACUGAUUGUUGCUUGGUUCACAUGUUUCCAGAAGUUAACUUUGAAGAGAAUCAGGAGAUUCAGGAGUCCCCAGUCCGAGAAGUAAAAUGGGAUGACAAGGGGAUGACAUGGGAAGUUUAUGGGGCCUCUGUAGAUCCUGAAGUCCUUGGGCUGGCCAUACAGAAACAUCUGGAGAUUCAGAUUGAACAACAUGAAAAGGACAAAGUAUCCACAGCUGAGAAGACAGUGAAGCAUUCAGAUCCUCACUUUGAUGCAACAUGUGUGCUGGAACAUCCAAUAAAAGAGAAGAGACAUUUACCAGGCUUUAGGAAGAUGUUCUCUACUCUGAGGCAUCCUACAUGUUGUGUGCGAUCCAAUGCAGCAAUUGAUUGACAGCUGCAUUCACUGUCAAAGAGUGAAUAACAUCAUUAUCAGCGGACAGUAAACAUAAACUGCACUCACAAAAUACAACUGCAGUUUUUUUCUUUUCCCCAGACACAUAAAUUAAGAAGUAAUUAUUUAGUAAGAGUAUUUUUUUUAAGAAAUGGAUUUUCUUUCAAGAUAUUUAUGAGAGUAGCUGAUUGAGAUGUUGUGGAGCAGGUAAAGUUUUCAGAAGUUUCCAGAAAAUUAUAAUUACUGAGAUGGGUGUAGGAAAGCGGGAGUCUGAGUCGGAGUGUGAUGUGGGUGCUGUAUGUUCAGGUAGGUGAGGAUGUAAAUGAUUCUGCUGUAAGAGUAUUGGGAUAAGGAUAAAAGGACAUUCUUAGCAAAAUGCUUUUAACUAUCCUGCUUUUCCGGACUUUCUUUUUGGUGCUCUGAAAGAAUAGUAAUCUUUGACUAAACAGUGAUCCUUGCAAACAUAUGGUAAUAUGACACAGUUAGUUACCACAAUGUGUGACAAUGAAGCAGAAAUCUUUAUGAUUAAUAUUACAUUUCAGAACAAACAGGAUAUUGGGGCGGGGGUGGAAUCAUGUAAAUUACGACUCCACAGGAUCAUGGAAUUAUGGUGUCAUACAGCUACAAAGGGUCAAUUCACGCACAGUAAAUUGCUGGGACUUUGGCAGAAGUUCCCAUUUACUCCCACAUCCGCAGUCAUAAAUUUUGUUUCAGCAUUUAUCUAACUAUUCACUGAAGAUUAAAAAUGAGACCACUAUCAUCAGCCUUUCAGACAGAACAUUUACUACAUGAAAGAAUAUUUCCUCAGGUCUUAAAUUUGGACCUCUUGUAGUUGACCUGUCUGCCUCUCCUUAUUUACUCCAUGGAAACCAUGAUUUUGAACGCCUCUAUCAAAUCUGUCCUAAACAGGUUCUCCAGCCACUCUUUAUUAUUGAAGUCUCUCAUCUCUGGUACCCGUUCUAAUAAAUAUGUUCUACACCUGUAUUAAGGCCUUGGCAUGAGUUCUAAAGUGCAGUAGUCAGAAUUAAACACUAAACUCCCAGAAGGGGCCAGAAGUCUGUUUUACAAUAAUUUUCUAGUUUGCAAGCUAUUAAUACUUCAUAUUUGUAAACUAAUUUUGGCCUGGAUUAAAGACAGGAAUUUUAAUCAUCCAACAAGUAAAUAGGUUUGGGUCAGCUGAGAGGUUAAAAAGUUAAACUUCUGAAAUAAACUUCAAAACUCACUUCUUACAGUUUCAGCAAAGCUAAGGCUGGGGUGGGGAAACUUUCCACUCCCAGGAGGCCAGUCAGUCACUGAAGCCUUGAAUUGGGUUGCUUGCUAAAGAUGGCUUUUGACUAAAUCUGUCCUCAGUACUGAAAUAACAUUAAACGUCUAAAACAAAGUUAGAAGACAAUAAUCAUAAUUUGAUCAUGUAAAGGCACAAAUAAUUAACAUUUCAGUAAUUUUUUCUGAAAAAGAAAUAUAUUUUAAAAUGUGGAAAAGAAUUUAAUAGAAAAUUGGGUUUUGACAAUAGAGAACGAUGGGGGCUCUAAUGUGCUCACAAAAUUACCUACAAAAAUUAUGAAAAAGAUGAAUGAACAAAGUUGGCCAAAAGGGUGGUUUGUAGCUGAUUUAGGAGACAAUCAGAUAAAAAGACAGGGAAAUUAAGGAACAGAUAAGGAAGAUUAAAAUAGGUCUGUCUUAUAUCUUUAGAGUUUGCAGUUGGUAGCAACAGUUGCACAAGCAAAUAUUACAUGACAGUAAACCUGCAGAUAUUCAGCAAGGUGAUGCUAGUACUCGUGAGACUACUUACAUUCUCAACCACCAAUGACUUGCGGGUAAUUUCCAUUUUGCAAAGCCCUCCUAAAGAAGUGUGAAAUACAAUAUUACAGAGAUAACCUUCAUGUAAAAGCUGGGAAUGUCCAAUAACAAAGCUCAUUUCAUUUGUAAUCCCUCCCAUGAGGUAAAACAUUCAGCCAAUCCAAUAGAUGUAGUUGAGAACAUCACCAUUGAUCCAUAAAGACUAAUUUAAAUGGUUCAGUUCAAGUUCAUCCUCCUUAAUCAUUCAUUCUUAAAACUGUCUUGGUAGGAAUGUUACUUUCUAAAGGCAUCAAGUCAAGUUGAUGUAGGAUAACAUGGUGUAAACAGACUUUUAGAAAAAUAAUGAUAUUAAGUUAACAAGAGAAGCAGAACAAUGGUGAUACAGCUGGAGGAUGAAUCUAAAUCAGGAUAAAGCAAACAUCUGGGAGUUUGUGUAAAAAGCAUAACCUGGUGAAUCUCUAGGGGUGGAUCCUAAUAAUCACGUAAGGUCUUAAGUGGUAUGGGAAACUGUUUAUGGGACUAUAAUUACCAACAUCUCCUAAAGACAGUGCCAUGAAAGUGAAGACUACCUUAAUUUAGGGGGCUGUUUUUCUGUCAGAUAGCAAUCAAACAUGCACGGAACUUGAUUUGGCCAUGGUACCAUUUAAUUACAAUUCCUGCUUAAAGAUGAACAACUAAAAAGAUUUUCUUCUCUGUACUUUUAUUUCUAAUGAUAUUGUGUAUCAGCAAAUAUUUGUUGUGUUUAUUAUAAAUUGAUCAUUGGUUACUGUUUUUUUUGUAUACAUCUAAAUUCAUUUCAUUUUGCACAUGGAGUGUUACAACUUACAGAUCACUUGCAAACCACCUAUUUUUGCCCUCUGACCCAUCCACAGCUACUGCUCCUUGUGAUCUUAGCUCUCCCAGCUAUGGUAUGUUACAUAGAGUUCAGCAUUCAUUACUCAUUCAUUUAUUCCUCCCAAUGAGUGAAUGGCUGUCUUGGUGUUUGUAGAAUGAAGGUUCUUUUAUGUAGUAACUUUGAAAACCUCACAAUGUCCCAAAGUCCUUAUGGCCACUGAGGUACUUUUUGAGGAACAUUCAUUGUCAUAAAUUGGGAAAUGCAACAGCCAACUUGUGCAAAGAUAAGUCCUGUGAUGACAAAAGUUUCAGUAAUGUCGUUUGAGGGAUAAAUAUUGGCUAGAGCACCAGGGGGAGCUCUACUGCCUUUGUUGAUAUUUUUUAUAUAUUCACCUGUGAGGUCAAAUGGAUCUUUGGUUUUAUGGUUCUUCUAGAAGACAGCAUCCCUGCCAGUACAGCACUCAGUACCAUGUUGGAUUAUCCGUUUGAUUUACAGUACUCAGUUCCCCAGAGUGGUUCAUUUAGAAGGGAGUGUGAUCAUUCAGCCAAAUUGAUCCAGUGUGAUCACUACCCAUGCCAAAAACUUAACAGAACAAAUGCGAGUCCCAUCAAAAUAUAUAACCAGAAUUUCAAUGAAAAUCUGCCCAAUGGAUUUUUUUUUCUUUCAAAUGGGAAGUGUCUUGAGUAGGAUGAACACAGGCUCGGGCCUAUAUACCUUUCUUUGUGAAAGGAUUGCAGCCACCUUUGUGACAGAGGUGCAGGUACUGGCAAAGAUGCAUGUUACAAUGAUGCUUUUGUUUUGAUUCCACCAUGAGGCAGUCACAUGUGCAGAGCUUGUGUAAAGAUGUGCAUUUAUCACAGCAACUUAAAGUAGGAGCCACUUCCAUGCAGCUUGGAUGAAACAUUAAAGGACUGAGAAUGGAGGGUUGGGGGCACUGCAGGAUAAACAAUGUUCUUUCAUCUUGUAUCUCUGCCAUCCAUGUUUAAAUUCAGAGUUAAGGGUGGAAUAAAAUCUCCUUAUCUGACAGCAAGGGCGUAGCAUGAUAUGAGUUUAUGCAGUUUAUUUCCCAUUCUCUGUGAGCUUGCAAAACUAGCACAAAACUGGUGACACACUGGUGCAGGAGAUGCCCCUCUCACAGUUAGGACAUUGUUGGGGCUAAGUAAUGGGAGCAUUAUUGGUCAUCCACUACCACACACUUAAAUAGGCAUCCCCUCCUACACUCUUAGAAAAGCACCUCCUCCAGCAUGGUUACAAAAGCCCCUCCUGCUGUACUCUUAGAAAAACAUGCCCUAAUGCAUCCUUAGAAAAGCACUCCCUCCUAUUCCCUAAGAUUGAAAUGAGAGAUGCUGUUCUAAGGGUUUAGAGGCCAACCCUUCUGAUGGUGCAGAAGAGGGCACUCCCUAAAAGCCUGCCAACCUUGUUUAGAAGAACAAGAGGUGAUCUCAUUGAAACAGACAGGGAUUUUACAUGAAAGAUGUUUCUCCUGGGGCAUCUAGAAGCAGAAGUCACAGUCUCAGAGUAAGAGGCUGGCAUUUCAAGACUGAGAUGAGAAGAAAUUUCAUAAGAAAAAUACAGGAAAAUGGGAACAGGAGUAAGCCACUUGGCCUGAAGUCUGCCCCACCAUUCAAUAUAACAUGGCUGUUCUGCCCCAGGCCUCAUCUCCUAUGCCACAGCCCUCAAUUCCCUGAUCUUAGAAAGGUUUAGCUACCUUGUCUUUAAAUGCCCCAGAUGAUCCGGCCUCCACAAUCCUGAAUUCCAGAGAUUCACUACCUUCUCUGAGAAGAAUUUCCUACACAGUUUUAAAUGGCCAUCCCGUUAACAAUGUCCCUUCGUUCAAGAUUCUCCCAUAAGUGAAAUCAUUUUAAUAUCUAUCUUCUCAUGCCCCCUAUGGAUCUUUCAUGUUUUAGUGAGAUCACCCCUCAUUCUUCACACACAGUACACUGAGUCUUUGGGAUCCUAUGAGAAAUUUAGUUGAGUAUCUUCAAGGCAGGAUCCAUAGAUUUUUGGACAUUAAAAGAAUCAAGGGACAUGGGAUUAGUGCAUGAAAGUAAAAAUGAGCCAGAGCAGGGGCAAAGAACUGAAUGGCAUACUAUUAUUUUUAUUACCCAUGUGCUUACUUUUGAGGCCAUGCCUUCCUGCACCCUCAGAAGAGCAACCAUAUGCCCCCGUUUUAUCCUAUGAAGCACCACAACUGCUCUUAGUGCUCCUUUCAGUCAAUGCCUGAAUACACUAGAGAUAAGCAAAGAUACUCAAUUCAGGUGAUGUUCCUGGGGUGGCCCACAUUUCUAGACCUGUAGUAUGGAAAGUGAUCUAUCAGCAGGAGACAGGAGGGUAUUGGGAAACAAAUAGGGUGUAAUUCCUUGCAACUGUGAUGGAUGUUAUGUUGGGUGUCUGCUGUUUCCAGGAACUACCUUUGAUGAUGGGCUGGUGACAAAGUCUGAGGAAUUUCGACUCCCAGUACACAGUAUGGAACCUGCCUUACAGUGGUACCUAAUACCUCAAGGUAGUGGAAACAUACUGUUUCCACUAGUGUGUAAGUGAUCAUCACAGGACUAAAACAGCAGGCAGCAUGAAUGCACACAGCUAAUGAGGUCCUCUCUCACUGUGUAAUUAAACUCCACUUAAGUGGGUUUCUGGAGAAUCCCUACAUAACCACCAGAUUGUAACUCAAGGAAUUCGAGUGUUCAGUUUAGACUAAAAUGUGAUGGAAUUAUCGACCUUUUCCUCUGUGGUCAGGCAGCCUAUAUGAUGGUUGUGAUUUUGGCAAUCAGUGUGAUUUGCUUAAGAUGUAACCAAGGCCCCUUAAACAGCACUGGCCAAAGUUGUCAAAUUGAAGGACUUCUUUGUGAGUACAGUAAAACUCCAUUAAUCUGAAACACUUGGAAGCUUGGUGGUGCCAGUAGCAGAUUUUCUGGGCUACUGGAUAUUAUUCUAUUAGUAUUCUAACAGACUUUAGUUCAUUUUUUAUGUUACACAAGUUGUGAACCCUAAGUUUAAAGGGAGAACAGAAAAUGGGUCCCCUGUGAGCUUAAAGGGAGCGUGGGAAAUGGGGCCCAGUGUUUCACGGGGCUGUUGCCACCAGAGCCCCAGUGUGUCAAAGAGAGCACUGGAACCAGGACCCAGGGAUGUUAAAGGGAGAGUGGGACACAGCACCGGUGAGCCAUAUGCUGCCUCACUGGGACUUCGAAACAAAGGGAUAGCAGAUUAUCGGAGUUUUACUGUUCGUGAGUUUUAUCAGAUGUUUAGUAAUGACAAAGUCUUAG